AUGGCUUCACGACUGCAGCAACCAGCAAGCGUAGCGGCUCGGAAUGAACCUUGCGAAGAAAGUCCCUAUGGCAUCUUCGUCGAGGAAGAUCUCAUCGAUGACUCGACUGGCAUCAUACCAACUAAAGGACUAGGCAUACCGUUAAGCCUCAAGGACCGCUUUUUGAGGCGCCUAUCGAAGAUGCUAGGCACCGCAGCGAACAUACGAGAGGCACCCAACGUCAGCGUCAUGGAUAUCUUCUUGACGAGAGACAAACAGUCGCGGCGGCCAAACAUUGCGCUCGAUGAAGGACUGUGGAAAUUUGUGCGCGAGCUCGAAGAUGGGCUGGCCGCUGUUGCGAUGCAUCCUUCUGAACUAUGGGAUGUUGUUCUCAUCGCCAACUACAAUAAAGUCGAACAAGUCAUACGAAGUAUAAAAAAGACUUUCGACGAGAACCGGAAUACGUUUGAAGAGCUCGUUACGAGAAUGUUCGGCAUUGAUGACGCUAACACCAAAGGCUCUAUGAUGGAUCGAGAACUUGGUGAUAAAAUCAUCAGGCUAUCUCACGACGUCCAUGCUUUCGAUGGCUCAAUGAGAGACUUGAAUAAGCUCGUCCAAUUCGCUUCAACCAUAACGAGGGCACUUCUCAACUUACGGGAUCGAAUGAGGUACAUCCUUGAAAAGAUUCACUUCGCCAAUAAGCUGUUCGAUCUCAUCUGCACCCUCGGCUUCCCCGAACGUGUCUACAGCACCUUGAUUCGGGCUGCUAGAUCUUCGCAGACAUUUAGGAAGGUCAACUUCCACUUGAGGCCUCAGUCGCCGGUAAAGAGUGUGUCGUUCGCCACUCCUCUGGCGAUUCCGACGCAGCCAAACGUCAGCAAGCCGUCCUCACCACUCCAGAAGGAGAAGUCGAAGCGGAUGCACCGGUACGAAGUAACAGCGAUCGAAACGGCAAUUACAGCUCCUAUCCUACCCUCUCUUCCACUUCCUCUUCCCCCUCCCCCUCCUCAGCCAGCCCCCACCAACCUCGGUCCGCUGAUAACCGCGGUGCAGCCUUACCUGAACCAACAAGAUCGGGGUCUCGCUCUCCAUUCCUUGCAACCCGCAACCAAACAAGAAACGGCGCAACUAAUCGGCACCAUACUGAGAGAGAGGCUACUUCCAACAGACACAACCGCAUGGUACGCAUUUGGCUUCGUGACCGCCAAGGACGAGGAGCAAGAGAGACAGCUAGCAGGGCUGUACGUCGCACUACUCAAGGAAGCCAAAGAUCCCGAAGCAGCAUUCCGUGAAUUACAGACUGCCUUGGAAACGAACUCCAUCGUCAGGCUAUUCGAUAAGUACGAAUAUAGCCAUUUCCGAGACUUGUUUCCCUUCCUCAAGACGUUCCUCACCACACCACCACGCAAGCGCUCCACCGUCUGGCGUCUUCGGCAGUUCAUCCAGGAUCCAGUUGAUGACGAACCGCCCGCAUGUCUCCAACGGGACUACGGUUUCAAAUACUGUCGUCAGCGCGAGGAAGUUCUCCGCCUCAAGGAAAUAUACGUCAACAUACUGAAGAAGCUGGGCCCGCAAAAGCUGGAUAUCGCAUGUGCUAACGGUCGAUUAUCCGAGACGGCGAUGAAAGAGGGAGUGCAUGUCGAUCAGAAGGACAGGCGGUUCCUGAAAAAUGACUAUGGGUCUCCGUUCCUGGGGGUGGACUGUGAGGGCGGUCUUGAGAACUACCGCGGCCCGUUCUACAGGAAGCCGUUGAAGCUUUAG